CUCGCACGCCCGAAGAUGGCUGCAGACAGGCCCGCAGAUCAGGGAGCGGAGAAACAGGAAGGGGCAAGCCAGUCUUCUGGGAUCACUGAUCGAGAAAAGGAGUUGUCCACCAGUGCUUUCCAAGCUUUCACGGCUGGAAAUUACGAUGCCUGUCUACAACACCUUGCCUGCCUGCAAGAUAUAAACAAAGAUGACUAUAAAAUAAUUUUGAAUACCGCCGUAGCUGAGUUUUUUAAAAGUAACCAAACAACAACAGAUAAUUUGAGACAAACACUUAACCAGCUGAAGAAUCAGGUCCACUCAGCUGUUGAAGAAAUGGAUGGCUUAGAUGAUGUUGAAAACAGCAUGUUGUAUUACAAUCAAGCAGUCAUUCUUUACCAUCUGCGACAAUAUACAGAAGCAAUAUCAGUUGGUGAAAAACUUUAUCAAUUCAUAGAACCUUUUGAAGAAAAAUUCGCCCAAGCGGUCUGUUUUUUGCUUGUAGACUUGUACAUACUAACCUAUCAGGCUGAGAAAGCUUUACAUCUUCUGGCUGUCCUAGAGAAAAUGGUUUCACAGGGUAAUAAUAACAAAAAUGGAAAGAACGAAGCUGGUAAUAAUAGCAACAAAGAUGGAUCUAAUCAUAAAACUGAAGGUGGAGCUCUAAUAGAAGUAGCAAAGUCCAAGAUACAUCAGUAUAAAGUGAGAGCUUAUAUCCAGAUGAAGUCCCUAAAAGCCUGCAAAAGAGAGGUGAAGUCUGUCAUGAACACAGCUGGAAAUUCUGCGCCCUCUCUGUUUCUUAAGAGCAAUUUUGAGUACUUAAGAGGCAAUUAUCGAAAAGCUGUAAAGCUGUUAAACAGUUCAAACAUUGCUGAGCAUCCAGGAUUCAUGAAAACAGGUGAAUGUUUAAGAUGCAUGUUUUGGAAUAAUCUGGGUUGCAUUCAUUUUGCCAUGAGCAAGCACAAUUUGGGGAUUUUCUACUUUAAAAAGGCUCUACAAGAAAAUGAUAAUGUCUGUGCACAACUUAGUGCAGGCAGUAGUGAUCCAGGCAAGAAGUUUUCAGGACGACCCAUGUGCACGUUACUGACCAACAAGAGGUAUGAGUUGUUGUAUAACUGCGGAAUUCAGCUGCUGCACGUCGGGAGGCCACUGGCUGCCUUCGAAUGUCUGAUUGAAGCUGUUCAGGUUUAUCACGCAAAUCCUCGCCUCUGGCUCCGGCUGGCCGAGUGCUGCAUUGCCGCCAAUAAGGGGACUUCUGAACAAGAAACAAAAGGUCUUCCCAGCAAGAAAGGAAUCGUACAGUCGAUUGUUGGUCAAGGUUAUCAUCGUAAGAUAGUGUUGGCAUCACAGUCCAUACAGAAUACCGUAUAUAAUGACGGACAAUCUUCAGCAAUUCCUGUAGCCAGUAUGGAGUUUGCAGCUAUUUGUCUCAGAAAUGCCUUAUUGUUGUUGCCUGAAGAACAACAGGAUUCAAAACAGGAAAAUGGAUCCAAAAAUAGUAAUCCAUUAAGUGGAAACCCUGAAAGCAGUGAAAGCAGUGAAACGAGCAGCAGUAAGAGUCAUGAUGGAGAUAAAUUUAUCCCAGCUCCACCAUCUUCUCCUUUGAGAAAACAAGAACUCGAAAAUCUAAAAUGCUCAAUCCUAGCGUGUAGUGCUUACGUGGCUCUGGCUUUGGGAGAUAACCUUAUGGCUUUGAAUCACGCAGAUAAACUUCUUCAGCAACCCAAGCUAUCCGGAUCUCUUAAGUUUCUGGGCCAUUUGUAUGCUGCAGAAGCCCUCAUCUCUCUGGACAGAAUAUCUGAUGCCAUUACUCACUUGAAUCCAGAAAACGUCACUGAUGUCUCCUUAGGGAUCUCUUCCAAUGAUCAGGAACAAGGCUCAGAAAAAGGGGACAGUGAAGCAAUGGAAUCCUCUGGAAAAAGGGCCCCCCAGUGCUACCCCAGUUCUGUUAACUCCGCGAGGACGGUGAUGUUAUUUAACCUUGGCAGUGCUUACUGCUUGAGAAGCGAGUAUGACAAAGCACGCAAGUGUCUUCACCAGGCGGCUUCCAUGAUCCACCCUAAAGAAGUGCCUCCCGAAGCCAUCUUAUUGGCAGUCUACCUGGAACUGCAGAAUGGUAACACCCAGCUGGCCUUACAGAUCAUCAAAAGGAAUCAGCUGCUGCCUGCAGUGAAAACACUCUCUGAAAUGAGAAAGAAGCCAGUGUUCCAGCCCGUGCACCCGAUCCAGCCCAUCCAAAUACCAGCUUUCCCUGUUCAGAGAAAGUGAUCGUUUCAAUUUUGCUCUUAGAAAACUGUUAGCUGAGACCCAGGGGAGUAGUCACAGGCCUUCUAGAUGCAUCACAGCAAAAUGAAUAAAAGACAGGUGUUGAUGGUGCAAGUUUCGAAGGCACAAUUUCUAAUCAAUUGUAACCCCUGAUUUCUUUUUUUUUUUUUUGGCCAGAAGCUUAAUCUUUACUAUUAAUUUUGAGCCAUUAUGUGAUGUAUCUGUGUCAUCGGCAAUUAAAACAUGGUCAUAUCAGAA